AUGCAAGACAUCAGCGUCCUUCGCCCAAGCGCCUUGGCUCAUGUCGUUUUCCGAACCGCAAACAUCAGCUCCAUGGUCCAAUAUUGGUCUACCUUCCUCGGGGCGGAAAGAGUGUUUGAGAACGAGUUCAUCGCGUUUCUUCGCUACGAUGAUGAGCAUCAUAGAGUGGCGAUUAUCCAGGAGGAAGGCACACAGCCGCGCGCCGCAAAUUCUAGUGGUUUGCAUCAUGUGUCUUUUGCAUAUGCUUCAUUGCGAUCCUUGCUUCAGGCUUACGAGGUACGGGCAAGCUUGGGGAUCAAGCCCACGUGGUGUGUGAAUCACGGUCCCACAACAAGCAUAUACUACAAGGACCCAGAUGGGAAUGCGAUCGAGACGCAAGUUGAUAACUUUAACACUGUUGAGGAGGCCAAUGAGUUUAUGGUAUCACCACUUUUUCAGGAGAAUCCUAUUGGAACUGAUAUUGACCCUGUCGAGUUGCUCCGUCGUUUGGAAGACGGUGUAGACGAGAAGCUAUUGAAAAAACGCGUUGAGAUAGGAAAAAGAGUCGACAUUCCGGAAGCCGUUUAG